AUGGCAGCGGCGGCAGCUUCCACUUCCACGGCGGCGAUCGCCGUCUUAAUGUACCGCCUCCCCACCACCAAAUCCACCUACUGCUCCGCCUUGCCUAAUCUCCCUCCCCGUUUCUCUGCACCAGCCUUUUCCACUUCAUUCAAGCACUUUUCAGAGUCGAAGAGGUCUUCUCUGCAUCAGAUCAAAGCUUCUUCAUCAGAUGAGACAUCUUCCGCUGUCGAUGCUAAUGAGUUAUUUACAGACAUAAAAGAAAAGUGGGACGCCGUAGAAAACAAGUCGACUGUACUUAUUUACGGAGGUGGUGCAAUUGUCGCGGUUUGGCUAGCUUCCAUUGUAGUUGGUGCAGUAAACUCAGUUCCUUUGCUUCCAAAAAUCAUGGAACUGGUUGGGCUUGGAUACACCGGGUGGUUUGUGUACCGUUACCUUCUUUUCAAGUCUGGUAGAAAAGAACUGGCAACAGAUAUUGAAGCAAUAAAGAAGAAGAUUGCAGGAACUGCUGAAUAA